CAAAAAUAAUUUCAAAACACGGCCAAAUAUCGCGCACACAUGUGAAUAUUGAGACAGAAUAAUAAAGAAUUUGACUUGUGAUUUCUUAUGUGUAUCAAACCCAAUAACUUUCUUUAUCCACACCACUUGCUGAUGAUCGUAUCGCACUACAACCACACGAGUUUGAGCGUUUGAUAAGGAAAACGCUCGCUUUCGUAUAUUUCACCAUUAUCCGUUAACCCACCAGUAUCGUUGUACAUCAGACUUUGUGAGCACCACACCGUAUACUAGUGAAUCACAGUUCUGGUGCAGUUGAUUGAUUCGGAAAAAAAAAACUUCGAAAAUGGACCACAAACCCCCGAAAAUAAUUAAAUCCUACAUUAGCCAGCAAACGACAUCAUCGGGAUGGCCUAGACGGCAUUCCACGACAACAACAGAAACAGCAACCAGCUCAACGGCAUCAAGGGUAAAUAAAACGUACGAGCCUGUGUACGAUCAGACAUACAUCAGGAGCAAAUCAACAUAUCGUUCCCUUCGAGAAAAUCCUUCACAACCAUUUAACCGAAAUGAUCUCUCAAAAGCGGAAGGGAAUCUAUUCUACUCGUUUGGAAACUCGAACGCCAACAUUCCGUCCACGUCAUCGUGUAGUAAUGAACGAACCAGGGAAGCUCCUGUCCUUACAAGGCCGAGUUCCAUUGCUGUUGCUACUUGCAGUUAUCCCGUUGCCAAUACUUCGAAAAUUCGUCAUUCGCGAAACACCAGUGUUAAAGGAUUUUCGAGUUCCACCAGUGCUACAAAUUGUAGGUAUGAUCUUCGGAAACCCGCUUACGUUGUGAUAUUCCACCACUUGUUCAAAAACACAAAAAAGUAUCGAAGGGGCAGCGAUCGUGAUCUCGAAUUGAUAAAAAACUUUUUUAAAAAGUACAAUGCAAAGAUUGAUGCGAUUUGUGAGGAUUUCACCGUUGCGAAGGUGGAGGAAAUGAUGGGAAAAGUGCGUAGGAAAAAUCUUGGUAGCCAUUCGUGCCUGAUCAUUGUCAUAAUGAGCCAUGGAGGUUUUAACGACAAGAUUGAAACAGUGGACGGAUUCUAUCGACUGGAUAACGCAAUAGUCGAACCAACGUUGAAUAACAGCACACUGAAGGAUAAGCCAAAACUCUUUUUCGUACAAGCCUGCAAGGGUGACGCAGAGAUGGAAUGUGACCUUACUCCCACAGCCUCCAACAAGUUCGACAUUUUAAAAUGCUUUAGCAGCUAUGAAGGUACACGAUCAUACAGGAAAGUGAAAAGUGGCAGUUUUUUUAUUCAGGCAUUGUUUGGUCUUAUUGAAAAACAUUCCGAUAAAGAAAUCAGAGAAGUUAUGCGACUGGUCAGAAACGAGUUUGACGAAAAGAAAAUUCCUCAAGCACCUACGGAAACAUCCACACUCAGGAAGCACUUCUUUUUCGGAGACCUUAAAAAAACUAGAUAAAAGUAAUGAAUCUUGGAGAUGGACUUUCUCGCACGAGGUCUGCUAAUUGAAGUGCUACGCUGAAACAAAUAGAUAAGCAGUUCGAAACAUAAACAUUUUAUUGUGCGUCCUCGCAGUUCCGAGGAUCACACGUUUGCUUUGUUAGCGGAUGGUCAUAGGCUUAAUUCCCAGCCGCGUCACCAAAUUUUGUUUCACAAAUCUAUACACAUCGUCAAUAAACACUAAUCUGAGCUAAUACUCUGAAGAAGCCCGAUAAAUGGAUUGCCGACCCACGGCUACUACAAUGUAAUUCCUCUUUCAUGAACGUGCUCUUCGUUCUAUUGAUAUUUUUCAUACAUCGAUGCUGUCAGUUUUAGCAAUAUAUGUAGAUGAAUACAUUAAAAAAAUGAUCCCACACUGUACACGUAAUAUCACAGCAGUUAACCAUGACUCCCCGUUUACGUAGUACCCUACUGAAAAAAAGAGCUGUAAAUGAAGAUAAGUAAAUAAAAACAGUAUUUUAUUUGAAACUACUUUAAUUCCGUUUACAAAACAAAUCACCUUUGGAAAACUCAACUUGUAAGCCCUUAACUUUAUCACUUGC